CGCAUAGAUACAGUGCGAUCUCGUCCAGUAUGUGCACUUUCGCCGACGGGUUUUUUUUGCAGGUCAUGUUGCUUCUGAUCGAGAAAUUUUUCCAGGCGAAGCUAACCCAGAUGCCCGAGGUCGCGUCGAUGAGAAAAUUGCGCUCGAGUCCAAGAUCGAUCAUCCAACUCCCCACUUGGGGAACAAAAAUGCACGAUCAAACAUUCAUGCAUAAGUUAUUGAAACGCCACGAUAAAGCACCAAUAUGACGUCUUCUGCGCAGCAGCAUGACCAACAGCACAACCACGAUCCGCCCAUCAUUCACGGCCCCAACACGACCAUGUCUCACCAAAACCAACACCAGCAGCACAACAACUACCAGAAUCUCCGCGAGGUCGGCACCGACGCGCACUGGACGCUUUCCUCCGCAAAGCCAGGCAACGGGCUCCAGCAACUCCGCGACGACAAAGUCGACACGUUUUGGCAGUCCGACGGGUUUUUGCCCCAUUUGAUCGACUUGAAAUUUUCGAAAAAGACCAAAAUCUCCGAGAUCUACUUCUACCUCUCAUUCCGGGAAGAUGAGAGCUACACACCCGCGAGUUUGUCGGUUCGGAUCGGCAACAGCAGCGAAGAUCUGGAAGAAGUGCAGGCCUUUGAUUUGAAGGAGCCCGAGGGCUGGAUACGGCUGCCGCUGGUGUGUAGGAGGGAGAGAAGUAGAAACAUUGCUGGAUCUAUUUCGGGGGUGACAGAAGCGAGGCUCGUUGCGGGUGGAGGUGGGGGCGCUGCUGCAUCCGGUUCAUCUUCUUCCGGUGGAGGGGAAGGAAUUGCGGCAGCUAGUGGGCAGGCAGGUGGAGGAGCAAGUGGUUCGGGUGACAUUGGAACAAGUGCUGGAGCAUCAACGACAACUGGUCGUGGAGCAGCUGCUGGAUCUUCAUCUGGCGACGCGUCGGCAGGAGCUUCGAGCGCAAACCCAGCCGUCGAGGACCAGGCGAAUGCAAGCAAUCCUAAUUAUGCAGGAGGCGCUCCUCCCGCAGCUGCAGGCUCAGCAGCUCCGGCUGCAGCCCCCUCAGAUGCGAAUACUGACUACAAUUUUCUGACUGGCGAAGACCCAGCACCUUCAAGUAUCAUGGACCACCCGCAGCUCCAAUCCGCUAUGGUGCAACCACGCUAUUUUUCCAGCCCCACCGGUGGAACGCGCAUGGUGAACAGUGCGAAUGAUCUGCUACUACUGAACAGCAUGGGAGGAGGACAUGAAGGCGGAUCUUUUGCGGGUGUUGACCUGGACGAGUUUGACGAAUUUGAUGACGACGAGGAGGACUUCGUGCGCGCGUUUCAUUUGCAAAUCGCGCUGCUCUCGAACCACCAGAAUGGGCGGGAUACGCACGUCAGGCAGAUCAAGGUCUAUGGACCACAGCAGUUGGCCUUGGGGAUGGAAAAAAUGCCGCGCAGCGGGGGUGGUGGGCUUUCUUACGCAAAUGGCGCAGCGCAGCAACAUAGCGAAAAUGCGGCAACUAUAAAUCCUUGCUUGAAGGGGAAGACCGCUGCGAGUUUGAUUCAUGGCAGCAACAGCUGGAUAGCACCACACACGGUUGAUAUGCUACAGUAUGCUACUAUUCGGUAAUCAAAGUGAAGAUGGGAUAGUUAGUAACGCGAUAAUCGAAAAAGAAAAACACUAAACCAAUAGCAAAACUUUCCCGAGUUCGGCGGGCGGCUUCGAUCUAGUACGUAAGCAGAAAAGAUGAAGGAGCACAUCCACUUUGAUCCAUUUUGACUAGAG